GGUGCGAUCGUAUGGGGAGCUUAAAGCGGCAUUAUUGCAGGAGUUCGAAAGGGCAUUUUCUAUGCAGGAUGUGUUUGCGCAAUUGAAAGCACGCACGAUGAAGUCAAACGAAACGCCCCGACAAUACAUUAUCGAGAUGCAGCUUAUCGCUAGUCGCUCCAACAUUCCAGAACUGGAAUUAAUCGAUAUAAUAAUCGAUGGUCUCCAGGACAAGUCAUCGCAGGUAUCGAUGCUUUACAGUGCCACCACUUUAGCCGAAUUGAAGGUACUCAUGGAACGAUAUGAGAAAAAGAAGCGAAUCAGAACUCAGUUCGCUAAUACAGCCACUGGCGGAAAACAAAAGGAAGGAGCAGCAGCUGGUAGCACCCAGGGCGGUGCAAUUAAACAAGAAAAUGUCCGCUGUUUUAAUUGCUUCGCGUACGGGCAUUUCCAAAGCGCCUGUACGGCACCCAGACGCCAUCCAAAUGCUUGCUUUGUGUGCAACGAAGUAGGGCACACUCGAUUCGAUUGCCCGAAAAAGAAGACCAGAGGAGUAGCGGCGGCCGUGACAGCAGUAGAAGCAACAGACGAAAAUCUGGAAGAUCGUCUAGUACGUAGAGUAGUGGAGCAACUUACUGCAAAAAAUUGGUCCGGUUAGCUUUGUGCGGAAGUCCUGUGUGCCUUCUGGCUUUAUUAAUAAACAACAAUCAACUAUAUACAGAGGGGUUGGAAAUAAACGAUUAUUUACGUACGGAACGAUUACGUGUAAAGUUUUAUUUCGGGGAAGUGAAGUUAAACAUAAGUUUUUAAUUUUACCCGAUGACCAAGCAAUAGUACCUUGGUUAUUCGGACGAGACAUUUUGAGCCGAAUGGGCAUUAAUUUAUUUAAAAUGAUUAAUGUAAAGUAUGACAAAAAUGAAUUACUUGAUUUGCGCAAUAAAAUAGCAACGAAUAAAUAUGUUAAUGACAUUUUCAGUGCA